AUGUCACCACCUGCAGCAACUUUCGAGCCGAUAACCUCGGUUACGAAGCCGGCGUGUCUCCAGAAUGGCUUUGACAAGACUGCCAAGAGUGCUCAGCAUCGCCUCAACCCCGAUUAUACCAUUGUUGAACAGCCCAUUGGAACCCGGCGGCCACUUCGCGUCGUCUGCCUCGGUGCAGGUUACUCAGGCCUUAUGAUGGGUAUUGUCUUCAAUGAACGCAUGAAGGACGCCAAUGCGGAAUUUGUUAUUUAUGAACGAAACGCUGAUUUGGGAGGCACUUGGUAUGAAAACAGAUAUCCGGGAUGUCAGUGUGAUAUCCCAGCGCAUAAUUAUGCCUACAGUUUUGCUGCCAACCCGGCAUGGCCAAAUUAUUAUGCCACAUCAGAGCAAAUCCAUUCCUACAUGAAAGAUGUUGCCAAGCAAUACGAAGUUGAGAAAUAUAUUCGCCUUCAACAUUCCGUUGAAUCAGCAAUUUGGAAUGAAGAAAAGGGAAAGUGGAAUCUUAAGAUCAGGAAUGGUUCCACACUGAUCGAAGACGAGUGCGAUGUGUUCAUCAAUGCCAGCGGCGUGUUGAACAAUUGGAAGUGGCCCUCUAUUGAGGGACUACAAAGUUUUAAAGGAAGACUUAUGCACUCAGCGCACUGGGAUUCCAGUUACGACUUCACUGGGAAGCGCGUUGCUUGUAUUGGAAUCGGAUCGUCUGGCAUUCAGAUUGUCCCUAAGCUUGCCAGUGUUGUCGGGAAUAUGGACUGCUAUGUACGCAGCCAAACGUGGAUCAGCCCAGCUCCUGGAAUCAACGAGCCAACAGCGAAUGAUCCAGAAAUGGACAAGGAUUACAAUUUCGCAGAAAGCACUUUAGAGCUAUUCAAGGAUCCUAAAAUCCUUCGUGACUACCGUGCUGCCAUUAUGAACCGACGAGCGGAGAACUUUAAUCGAGUCAUUGCCGAUUGUGACCUUCAAAAGGAAGCUCAAGAUCUGUUCCGAAAGUCCAUGACCGACCGUUUGGGUAACAGCGAAAAAGGAAAGCGCGCGGCUGAACUUCUUGUACCCUCAUUCCCAGUUGGAUGCCGUCGCCAAACACCGGGACCAGGUUUCCUGGAAGCUAUUAUCCAGGACAAUGUCGAGUUGAGAUGGGACGAUGUCUCAAAGAUCACGGAGCGAGGAAUUCUUACCCGAAGCGGCGUUGAGUUGGAAUAUGACAUUAUUGUCUGUGCUACAGGAUUCGACACUUCAUUCAAGCCUUCCUUCCCAUUAGUAGGCCGAAAUGGAGUUAACAUGGCGGAGAAGUGGGAAAAGGACGUCCCAAAGGCAUACAUGGGCAUGUGUGUGCCGGAUUUCCCAAAUUACUUCUGCUUUGUGGGACCCAAUUCACCACUGGCUAACGGGUCGCUGAUUCUCGGAAUCCAAGCAACCGCUGCCUAUAUCUACAAAUGGAUGGAAAAGAUGCAAACCGAGGGUGUUCGCAGCUUUGAGAUCGACGAUGACGUCAACGAGGAGUAUAAUCAGCACAUUCAGAAGUACCUUGAACGUACAGUGUGGACUCGAGAAUGCCGCAGUUGGUACAAGCGUGGUACCGUUGAUGGCCCAGUUAUUGCCAUCUAUGGUGGAUCCAUCUUCCACCUCUUGGAAGCUAUGAAGAACCCUCGAUGGGAGGACUUCAAGAUGGAUCGGACUCCCGAAGCUAAGAUCAACCGGUUCUCGUAUCUAGGUAACGGAACUACUUUGAGAGAGGCCAAGGGAGGUGACAUUGGUGCCACACAGACCUUAGACUUUGAUGAGUUCUGGAACUUGUUUAACCUCCCACAGGUCCAUAAUUAG